AUGUCUGGCGAACCUUGGGCUGAAUCAGCAACCGGAUUCAGGUUUCAAUCGACUAGCACAUCGACUUGGAACUGGUUCUCUCGCGAUCGUGGAACCGAUCUGAAGAUCUACCAAGAUUGCAAUGUUGUACAGAACCGACCCAACAGCCAACGGGCUCUUCGAACAGUGUGCAUCGCUACGUCCAACAACUACCGGUGCUGGGAGGCUCCUGGACAGAACGACCCCAUUGGAAGUUGCUUCAUUCCUGAUUGUUCUAACAUCCGCAAUGUCUGGGGCUGCAAUUAG